GAGAAGUCAAUCGCCGCUUACCAGGCAGGGGGAGAGCCAGCUCGAUCGUUUCCUGCGCCAAGAACUGUAAAGACAUGGUCAUUACACCACCGCGUCUGUGAUGACGAUCGAUCAGCAAGUCACCAGCUAAUAAGCAGAGCCGACUGCCUUCUACCAUGUCGCACUCCCAACACUCGCAGCGAGGCGCCCACGGCCGCGCCAUGAGUUCCGAGGAGAGGAGCUGCGCGGCGGUCAACAAGACCUCCACACCGGUGCACAAGAGCGCGUCAUCCUCUUCCUCGUCGCAGCGCGACAGCCGGCAGGAGACAGACAGCUGGGAAAUCAUCGAGGGGCUGAAAAUCGGUCAGAGCAACGUCCAGAGGCCGGAUAAACACGAAGGGUUUAUGCUGAAGAAGCGGAAAUGGCCUCUGAAAGGCUGGCAUAAGCGAUUUUUUGUUUUGGACAAUGGUAUCCUGAAGUAUUCCAAGUCCCCCAUUGAUAUCCAAAAAGGCAAACUGCAUGGCAGCAUCGACGUCGGCCUCUCUGUGAUGUCCAUCAAAAAGAAGGCUCGUCGUAUUGACCUGGAUACCGAGGAGCAUAUCUAUCACCUCAAGGUCAAAUCCCAAGACAUCUUUGAUGCCUGGGUGUCCAAGCUGCGACAUCACCGCCUUUACCGACAGAACGAGAUCGUCCGAUCUCCUCGGGACGCCUCCAUGCGGACGUUCCCUUCAUCUGCGGUUGCAGAGUCACCGCAAGCUGCUUCGACCGUCGUACACGACGCCAAGCACGCCAAACCCAGCGGGUUGCCAUGGCAAACACCAGUCCCCACCAGCAGCAGCUUGCCCGUCUCUUACAGCAACGGUCAGAGCAAGGUGGCUGCCUGGCUACAAGAAUCCGAGGAGAUGGACAAAUGCGCAGAGGAACUGGCGCGAUGCCAGUCCAGCCUGACUGAGCUGAGUGGCCUCUUGCAAAAUCUGGAGAUUCUCCAGAGGACUCAGUCGGCACCCAACUUUGCAGAUAUGCAGACCGCUUGUGUAGAAUUGACAAAGAAAGAAAAGCGCAUGAACAGAAGAUGGAGGACAAAAAGUGUCGGCAAAGAUGCAAAAUUCCAGCUUCAGGUCCCGCUAUCGUCCAGCAUGUCACCCGUCCGCCUCCACUCAUCCAACCCGAACCUCUGCGCCGAGAUGGGGGACUUUCAAGCUCCCGCCUCCCGGCUAACAGACAGCGUCGAGUGUUCCAGUGACUACAUUAAACUACAGGAGGAAUUCUGCACCAUUGCCCAAAAAGUCCACGCUCUGCUCAAGUCAGCCUUCAACACAGUAGCCAUAGAGAAAGAAAAGAUCAAGCAGAUUCUGUCAGACCAGGACCAGUCCGACCAAUCGGCUCAGAUCAACUCCCUCAGGAAGUCUCUAUCACAGGCGGUGUCCCAAAACGCAGAGCUACGAUCCCGACUGAACCGCAUCCACUCGGAGUCUGUCCUGUCGGAGCAAGUCGUCAGCGUGAAUAUCAUUUCCACUCCUGAUGAGGUUGUAGAGCAGAUGGGGAUCCCGCUGACUCAGCAGGCCUCUAAUGAGAGCCGACUCUCCAUGUCGGAAUCGGUCUCUGAGUUCUUUGAUGCCCAGGAAGUGCUCCUAUCAGCCAGCUCAUCUGAGAAUGAGGGCUCAGACGAUGAGUCAUACGUCAGCGACGUGAGCGAUAACAUCUCAGAGGACAACGCCAGCGUGACCGAUAACGUCUCCAGACAAAUGGCCAACGGAGACUUUGCUGGCUGCGCCUUCCGUAACGGGCGGCGCAUCUGCCUGCCGGCGCCCUGCCCCGACACCGGCAACAUCAACCUGUGGAACAUCUUGCGAAACAACAUCGGCAAGGACCUGUCCAAAGUGUCCAUGCCCGUGGAGCUCAACGAGCCUCUCAACACGCUGCAGCGCAUGUGUGAAGAACUGGAGUACAGCGAGCUGCUGGACAAGGCCGCUGAGACGGAGGAUCCCUUUGAACGCAUGGUUCUGGUUGCCGCCUUCGCUGUCUCAGGCUACUCAUCCACCUACUACCGAGCAGGAAGUAAGCCAUUCAACCCACUCCUCGGAGAGACGUACGAAUGUAUAAGAGAAGACAAGGGCUUCUGUUUUUUCUCGGAACAGGUGAGCCACCACCCUCCCAUCUCUGCCUGCCACUGCGAGUCCAAGAAUUUCACCUUUUGGCAAGACGUCAGAUGGAAAAACAAAUUCUGGGGAAAAUCAAUGGAGAUCUUGCCAGUCGGGACAGUGAGCCUGAUGAUUCCCAGGUUUGGAGAUCACUACGAAUGGAACAAAGUCACCACGUGUGUCCACAACAUCCUCAGUGGCCGCCGGUGGAUCGAACACUAUGGCGAGAUCACCGUCAGAAACACAAAAAGCAGCGCUUGCCUCUGCAAACUCACCUUCGUCAAGGGGAACUACUGGAGCUCUAAUGUGAACGAGAUCCAAGGAUUUGUGAUGGACCAAGAAGGGAAAGUGAUCCACAGGCUUUUUGGAAAAUGGCACGAGGGGCUUUAUUGUGGCGUGCCACCUUCCGCCAAAUGUAUCUGGAGGCCAGGCUCCAUGCCCACAGACUACGAGCUAUACUAUGGCUUCACCAGGUUUGCCACUGAACUCAACGAGCUUUGUCCCGAGCUAAAAGAUGUCCUACCGCGAACGGACGCACGGUUCAGACCCGAUCAAAGGCACCUAGAGGAGGGCAAUUUGGAGCUGGCCGCCUCCGAGAAGCAGCGAAUCGAAGACCUGCAGAGGACAAGGAGAAAGUGGAAUGAAGAGAAUAAUGUAAAACAGGAGCCCCGCUUCUUCAAGAAAGUGGUUGACGCUAAUCACAGGGAACGAUGGGUCUCCAACAACCUGUACUGGGAGCUGCGGAAAAACCCCGGCUUUAUUAACAUGGAACCGACAGUGAGCUUGUGGUAGCACACGUCCGCUCGCUCCGCUCUUCGCAUUCGGCAUUUGACUGGACACUUGAGAUGCGAGGAGAAACACUUAAAACGCGCUCUUGGACGUGAGCGAGCCCUGGUGGGGGUUCUGCGGCGCCACCGUUGGAGGAAACCUCUCACAAGGAGGGUCACCUUCAUCAUGCUUGCGAAGGUCGCAUACAUCUUUUCUCAGCUACUCUUAACGACUCCCGAGUCGGCCUUAAACGCGGACGCCCAUACUUAGCUACGACCACAUGCAUGCUUAGAGAGCUUUCACUGGCAUCCGGCCAUAUUUAAUACAUCCUUAAUGUUGCAGAAAAAUGGGUAUUUUUAUAAAAUAUCUCAGCAGAUUGGAUUUAUUUUUUGCCUUUUAAUACAGUUUGUGAUGGGGGAACAACUCGUCAAACCACACAGCUGAGGGCGCACAUCCGAUAACAUCACCCGGCAUAUUUAUGAUCACGUUCAGCUGAAAACCAAGAGACAGACAAUGGUCGACAGUUCAGUGUCUCUUCACUCUCAGCGUGUCUCUUCACUCUCAGCUUGCUACCCCCCCGCCCAGCCACCCACUCCCUGGCCCUAUUGUCUCAUUUUUAACUACCUGCGCACAAGCCACUCCGUCCAUACAUAAUGGUGAGCUUCCUUCGCUACGCUGCAGGGAGAGCCCCUAACCCAGGGUCAGGCAAAUUGUGACCUGUCGAGCAUUUUAUGCAGCAUUAUGUAAACUCCUGUCAUAUUGGCUAUUUAUUUAUUUUUAAUUAGGUACUUUCGAUGUAUUCAGUCAUCUUUUUUUUUUUUUUAAUAAUCAUUCUUGCUGAUUGAUUGACUAUAUUCAUUUUGACUCCCUCCCCAAACUCGGUUAAGUGUAAAUAAUGUAUUUAGUCAAUGCCAAAUCAUAGGUUAAUUUAUUGAUUGUAGAUAUUAAUUUUGUCAUUUCCCUCCUAAAAUCAAUCAAUUAAAAUGGGGCAAAUCCAAACACUAAAAUGCCAAACACAAAAAAGAUAUACAAUUUUUCAAACCUAAAAGACAAGUGGCUUUAUUUAUUUUACUCUAGCCAUCCAAUGUGUGUUGGUUUUCUUCUGCUAACCACGAAUCAACACACCGACAAAAGAACUGAGACGUGCGGUUGUUGCCCCCCACAGUGAAAAUGUGGCUAAAUCUGGAGCACUGCCACCCCCAAAAAGUGCUUUAGUGAUGGAACUGCGAGAGGCCCUGGCUCACAUUUGA